AUGCCACUGCCAGUGAUCGACCUCGGUUCUCAACUGCCGCCGGUCUUGUUGCCAAUUCCAUCGCUGCCUCCGACACCUCUGAUGGAUGAGCCACCUGAGAUAUCGGAGACACAGCCUGAACCUGAAGUACUGUGGUGCCGAGACCUGCAGCCUGCUGUGACCGUCCAGGCAGCGACAGAUGUCAUCGACCGAGCCGUCACACAACCGGCUACGCCCAAACUGGCUGCUGUGCAGGGUGUCCAACGACCCGUGAUGCCUGCAGUAGCAGUUGUGCAGGGUGUCCAACGACCGGAGGUACCUGACCCAUCGGAGUUACAAGUGAUCGACAGCUGGGAGCAGUCACUGGGUGAUGUUUCUGCUCUCACUGAUGAGCUGCAGAACAAACCAGGUGAAGCUGAACCUGAGUCCAACAGAUCUCAGUUUUUUAAAGAGAUUCUGUCUCUGAGCUGUGAGGAUGAAGACAGAUCUGCUGGAUGGACUCUGAGGAGAAACACCACCAGAGGAACCAGAACUCAGUGUGGAGAUGGAUGGGGAACAUCUGGUUCCAGCUGUACCAUGACCUACAUGGUUCCAGGUGACAGUGGAGUUUACUGGUGUGAGUCCAUGGAGGCAGCAGCCAGUCAGAGCAUCAACCUCACUGUUUCUGGUGGAUCAGUGAUCCUGCAGAGUCCUGUCCUCCCUGUGAUGGAGGGAGAUCCCCUCACUCUGAGCUGUCAAUCAAAGCAGGACUCCCCCUCCCAGCCUUUCUAUAAAGAUGGCUCCCUCAUCAGGACUGAGCCCGGAGGUCACAUGACCAUCCUCCAUGUUUCCAGGUCUGAUGAAGGCCUCUACAGGUGUAACAUCAGCAGUCAUGGAGAGUCUCCAUCCAGCUGGAUCUCUGUCACAGAGAGCGAUCCAGCUGCAGUCUACUCGGCAGUGAAAGGAAGAGAAGACGUCACUUAUGGACAGAUGGUCUUCAAAGACGGUGGAGGCCGAUCAAAGACCAGAGACAGAGAUCCAGCUGCAGUUUACUCAGCAGUGAGAACAGAAGAAACCAGCUAUGGACAAAUAGUCAUCAGACCAAACAGGAGCAGAGAGUUUCCACUGGAGCCUCAGGUCAUCUACUCAUCACUGAAGUAGUCCACCAGUCCAACCAGUGAGCUACUGACCUCUAACUGGUCCACACAGCCAGUCACAACACAGUACAUUCACUUUUUAUGGAGAUUUUAAAUGUUCUCACUCAAUUAGAUUCAUGCAAAAGAGUGAAGAAACUGCAGAAACUAAAGACUAAAACCAGAACAUCUUAAAUGUCUCCUGCUGAACAGAAUGUAAUGGUAACUAGUCGUUCUGUGUUCUGGUAAUUAUAUCUUAUUUAUGCAGCAGCGAUCAGGUUUCUCUGCAGGAUCAAUAGUUUGCUUGCUGUUCUUCUCAUGUGGUUCUGUAGGUUUCAGACAUGUUGGAUGGAAACUUUGACUGGUUCUGGUUGGUUGUGGCUAACCGAGGUGUGUGUCUGUUCAGUGUAGAUAGCAAAGGAGACACCUACAGAAACUACAAGUGCAGACUAUAAACAGCAUCACUUUGAAGCUGAAAACUCUGUACAGAAGUGUUUUUUCUUCAUGUGUUUGAAGAGUUUUGAUUGUUUAGUUGAUGAUACAUCUCCUUGUUUAGUUCAGAAGCUGUUCAAACUGAGAACGCUCCCAUCCAGAGAAGCCGUAAAUGAGCUUCUUAUCAUGUAUAAAAUAUCCAGAAUAGAAUAAAACAACACUGUGAAGUUUGAUGUUUGUGGUUUUGCUGUGAGGUCUGUUGAGCUCAUUAUCAGGACGUCUGCUUCAGUCAGCCUGAGAACAUUCAGAGACAUCAGCAUCUCAGCUUUCACACAUUUAUUCCAGUUCAUUUACUGUGAUCCUCACAGACAAGUAGAAAGAGCAUCAUCUGCAUAGAAUGAA